GGCAACAGUGUUGCACAGCCGUUGGUCAUACAAAGAAGUCUCCCAGUGUUGAGCCCAUCCAUGAAGACAUCUUCAUCCACAUUCCCUAAUGUCGUAGUAAACCAUAAGCCCACUGGAGAUUGUGAUGUGAGUCCACAAAUGGUGCUGACGAGUGGUGCCAGUUUGUUGCAGCCUGUUGUACUUACUCAGGCAGUUGGCAGGAGAACAUCUCAAGAAAAAACUUCCAAUGUCCCAGGUGCCCCUUCUUACAUCAGCCUGGAGAAGGGAAAGCCAUUCAUCGCCCUGGACAGCAAUGGAACAACUACAGUCAUACAAGCAGAUCUGUUUUCAGUGUUGAGCCAACCAAGCAUAGAAGUGACCACAUCGCCUGGUCCGGCUCAGACACCACAGCCGGCCCCCAAUACUUUAACAACAUUUUCAGCAGCCCCUAAAGUGAGAACAGUCACGUUAGCUGCUCCUUCAGGGGCGCCAACCUCAACAAACUUAUUGACCACCCCAACCGCACAAUCCCAGCCAAAUCCUCUGGCUGCAAGUCUGCUUGCCGCUUCAAGUAUCCUGAAGCCACUGCAAACAUUUUCAACGUUGGGAAAGGUUUCAACUACAGUUCCAUCCAUAAUUUUGGGAAACGCAACAAAGCCUUCUACUCAACAGCAAGAUGUUGUAAUGUAUCAAGUGGGGCAAGACGCUUUAAAGGGCAUACAAGUUCACAUUGUACCUCAUGCAGGCAGCGCUCAGAACGCUUCAACUCAUGUUCUAAAAGCAGUCUCCACCAAACCAGUUUCACAGGUGACAUUUGAUAAAAUCCCUUCGAAUAUACCAGGCUCCGCUGUGCUUGCCAAAAAAACAUUGUGGAAAGUGUCCAGCACCCCGUUAUCUUUAAAUGUGCAGACACAAACUAGACCAUUGCAGAAACAAAAAGUUUCCAAGUCAAAAAGUCCAGUUGAUCAGCUCUCUAUCAGCCAGAAAGUUGAGGCUAUAAUCAACAGGGAACUUAAAGCCCUCUCUGAUAUCGGAGCAAAGAAACUCCAUGUUGACAGCCGGGCUGGCUUCAACAUCGCCAAAGCCAGCAAACGACCCGGCAAGCUGGCAAAUGCCAAACAGGUCUCAAAAUCCAUCAUUAAUAAGUUACAACUGAAGCUGGCAGAGUCAGCUCAACUAACAGCCAAGAGUGCAACAAGCACAGAAGGCAGUUCUGUGUCUUUGCCAAGCACAGAAUGCUGUUCUGUGUCUUUGCCAAGCACAGACGACAGCUCUGUGUCUUUGCUCACUAGUCAUCAGAACUCAGCUGCCGGUGGUCAGUCAUCAAUUGUAUUAGACUUUCAGCAAGCGCUGAAUGCCCAUAAACUGAAUCUGAACACCCUGGAUCAGGCAGAUCUGGCGCAUCUUUCGGGAGAUGAGUGCCAAAAAGUCAAGCCACUCGCAGAGCUGUGCAAAAGAUAUUUAGCUCAGUUAUUUA